GGAAAGCCGCGCGCUCUCGCGCGAGAACUUCUAGGCAGGCGCAUUCGUCGUCUUCCUCAGGACUAGCCAGCGAACGACGCUUAAGGAAAAGCGAGUGGGGGGCGGACGUAAUCGCGAGGUUGACUGUCUGACUGACUUGGUUGGCUGCGGCGAGGGCCACGUAGCGCUGCGGCGGCGGCGGCAGCGCCGGGGAGGGCGAGCGAAGGAUAGGCAGAACCGCGGUGGAGGUAGCUGCAAAGGGGCCAAGGCCUGGUCCUAAAAACAGGCGGCGGCGGGGGCUGAAGCCAGGGGAGGGCAGGAAGGAAGGAGGGCCCUGGCCGCCCUCUCCCUUCCCCCUCCCCUCCCCCGCCUAAGCAUGGAUCGCGGCGGCGGCGGCGGCGAUGGAGCGGUGGAGGCGACAACAGCGGACGAUCCGGGCCUGGACAAAAUGUUCAGCUGUUGAAUGGCAGCUUUCUUCCUGUGAACUGCUGUCGAUGUCUUCGUGCUAUAAAACCAGAGUUCCAUGACCUACACGUGCUUUCGUGCUCUGCUCCCCAAAAACAGUCAUGAGUUAGUUAUUUCCAGCUAUUCAUCUUGUUCCAGAGGAGUCACUUCAUUGAUAUUCUGGAAUACAAGGUGCUCAAUGAAUCGGGAGCCCCCAUGAAUGAAACAGCCAGCUCUUGCCAGCAGAUGGCUAAAAAUUGCACCACACAUGUAGCAGGGAUGGCACAGGAGGACAGGGGUCAAGUACCACCUACUUUCUAUCAUGGUGCCAGCCAGGAACUUGAUUUGUCCACCAAGGUGUACAAAAGGGAGACUGGGAGUCCUUAUUCUGUACUGGCGGACCCAAAAGCAAGUAAGCCACAUCUCCAUGAAAGAGAGGAGCAGCCAUAUUUCAGGGAGGACAGAACAGUAGGAGAGGCCCGAGCCGUGAAAGAAGACAGGGAGAACUCUGACGACUUGCAGGAGGAGGACGAGGAAGAAGAUGAAGUGACUUACAAAAGGGAGCAGAUAAUAGUAGAGGUAAACCUUAACAACCAAACAUUAAAUGUAUCAAAAGGGGAGAAGGGGGUCCCCUCCCAAUCCAAAGAAACUGCUGUUCUUAAGACCAGCAGUGAGGAAGAGGAGGGUGACAGUGGGGAGGAAGAGGCCACUGAAGACAGUAAUGAUGAGGAGGAAAAUGAGAGGCAGAAGAAAAAAGAGCAAAGAGAGGAAAAUGAUAGUGUUGCACAAAGGAGGACAAGGAGAGCUGCAUCUACUGCAGCCGCCACAUCUUCCCCUACUUCCAGAACUACAAGGGGCCGUAGAAAGAGCGUUGAGCCCCCCAAGCGUAAGAAGAAAGCUGCAAAGGAGCCCAAGGCACCUGUGCAGAAAUCAAAGUGUGAAGAAAAGGAGACUUUGACCUGUGAGAAGUGCCCCAGGGUGUUUAACACACGCUGGUAUCUGGAGAAGCACAUGAACGUCACUCACAGGCGCAUGCAGAUCUGCGACAAGUGUGGGAAGAAAUUUGUUCUAGAAAGUGAGCUCUCCCUUCACCAGCAAACAGACUGUGAAAAAAACAUUCAGUGUGUUUCCUGUAAUAAGUCAUUCAAGAAGCUUUGGUCCCUCCAUGAGCAUAUCAAGAUUGUCCAUGGAUAUGCAGAGAAAAAAUUUUCCUGUGAGAUAUGCGAAAAGAAGUUCUACACCAUGGCUCACGUGCGAAAGCACAUGGUUGCACAUACUAAGGACAUGCCAUUUACAUGUGAAACCUGUGGAAAAUCUUUCAAACGCAGUAUGUCGUUAAAGGUUCAUUCACUACAGCAUUCAGGAGAGAAGCCUUUCCGAUGUGAGAACUGUGAUGAAAGGUUUCAGUACAAGUACCAACUUCGUUCCCACAUGAGCAUCCAUAUUGGACAUAAACAGUUUAUGUGCCAGUGGUGUGGUAAAGAUUUCAAUAUGAAACAGUACUUUGAUGAGCACAUGAAAACCCACACUGGAGAGAAGCCUUUUAUUUGUGAAAUCUGUGGCAAAAGUUUCACCAGUCGCCCAAACAUGAAGAGACACCGCAGAACUCACACAGGGGAGAAGCCAUAUCCGUGUGACGUGUGUGGUCAGCGAUUCCGUUUCUCCAAUAUGCUUAAGGCACACAAGGAGAAGUGCUUCCGGGUUACCAGUCCUGUUAACGUGCCACCUUCUGCCCAGAUCUCACUUGCCACAACCUCUUCUGCUACCACUGUACCUUCUGUGGUGAACACACCGAAUGCUCUUGCCCCUACUCCGGCAGUCAAUAUGAAUCCAGCGAGCACACUUCCUCCUCGACCCAUUGGCCAUCCAUAUUCUCAUCUGCAUCUUCAUUCACACCAUCCACAUCAUCUUCCAGUCCCCGUCCCUCCAGUCCCUCUUUUGCCUCCACCUCCUGCUCUAUUUAAGAGUGAGCCUUUAAAUCACAGGGGCCAAGGCGAGGACAGUUUUCUGCGACACCUAGCAGAAAAAAACAGUUCAGUGCAGCACCACUAACUUCUUUGUCUUCUGCCUGCCAUUCUCCUGGUCUUAAACACCUAGAAUUGUGUUCCCCACUAAGAAAAGGUACCAUUGUGGCCCCAGGUGAAUUCGCAUUAAUCUUGGUGGUUCAGCAAAGCGAUCAUCAAACCUAGGGGAGCCAAUAGGACAGAUGCCCAAUUUGGCUUGCACGUUUUAUGGUUGACUUUUAUAAAUUUCAAAAUGACUGAGAAUUGUGGAAUUUUUUAUAAUUUCAUAUCAGCUAAUGAGGUAUGCUUGCUUUUAUAUCCUGGAUUUUCUCCUCAAAUUGGGGAUGAGUCUGGUUUCCUUUGUACUAAUCAGAAAGACUGAGACUAAAUCCCAGAGCAUUAAUGAUCACUGUGUAUUGUUAAUUUCUUUUCAGCUCUGUAUGUGUGUGUGAGCAUGUGUGUGCAUACACGCAUGCACGUUUGUGUGGAUGUGUGUGUGUGUGCUGGUUAUGGAGUGAGCCAGCCACAUGAUUGCAGAAUAUCAAGCAUUAUAGCAAAAACAACAGCAACAACAAGAGUAAACAAAAUUUAAUCUCAUUUGAGUAGUUCUCCUAACACACUGUUUAUUUUAAUAUGAAAAAUUAUUUUAGAGUUUUUGUAUAGACCUAUUUAGUAGCCUGUUUCUAAAAUGAAAUGUAUUUCGAAUAAGCGAUGUAAUUUUUUUCAGUGUAGCUGGACCUAUGUUGUUACAAUAGAUAAUUUUUAUAAUCAUUCAAAUGUGAUUCUUUAAGAAAAAAAAAGAUGCAGAUAGCUUCUAUAGUAAAAAUGAUUCUUACAUCUGUACUGCUCUAAAAAGGUGCUUUGACGCGUAGAGUAAGAAGCCCAAGAAGUCUCUUGUAAGGCUGCCUCAGAAGCGGAGAUAAUUUCAGAACUUUAUAUAACUUAUUUGUAAGGGGAGGGGGAUUUUUACUGUGACACUUACCUUCUUUCCAUGUCACUUGAGGGUGAUUAGAUAAGGACAUUGAACUACUGUAUGCCCACAAUUUUCACUUCUGUUGUACUGAAGCAUGAAGCAUUUCAGAAAGGAUAUUCUCUUAGAGGGAAAAUUGGGUAUGAGGGACAGUCUCAACAAAGUAUGGUAUUUUCAAACAUAGUAUGCUACCUUUUCAUGAGCAUACUUUAGAACCUAGUUCAUUAUAGAGGCACAUGUAUAAUGUAUGAGUUAAUUUGGGACCGAUUUGAUGCUGCUUGUUUUUUCUUAAGUUCGUUAGGUGAUAAACAAGGGAACUGCGAAUUAGGUGCUAUUUAGCUGAAUUUGUAAAAAUUAAAUCUGAAUUAGGCGAACUGGUGUGAAAGCCAUUGUCAUGUUGGCUGAAAAAUGUUUAUCAUGGAGUAUAUGCAUACACUGAAGCUGUGUUAAGAACAGAUAGUACAGAUGAUAGAGGAUUAUAUCUUUCAGGUUUGUCUUCAUGUUUCACAGAUAAAUCGAAAAGAAAUGUUGAAUGUUAAGCAAGUUGAUAGUUGUGUUUUUUUCAGUCUCCAGUGGCACUAAGUUGUGGCAAACUAGUUUGAAUGAAGAGAAUCAUGGUAAUUAACUUUGGAUAAAGUACAGCACCAUUUAAGGAUCCAAACUAUCUACUAGCACCUUGAGGAGAAGGCACAGAGAUUCUUUCAUAGUUAGAGUCUAAAUUUCCCUAAGUUUAAUUUUCCCAAAGACCAUCAUGCUGAUUCCUAGGGUAUUGUUCUGUUUUUGAAAAUUAGGGUUUAAAUCUAAUUUAGAAAGGGGUAUUACCUUGGAUGAAAUGGAAAGCCCUUGCUGUUGCAUUCCCUGAGGCUGCUGAUUGUGUUUCCGCCUUUUGUUAACUUUGCAUUAAAAAAAAAGUUGACUUUU